AUGAGCGAUUCCUCUUCUGGAAAUUCCACAGUACAAGUUGCUCUGCGAAUAAGGCCUUUAACAGGAGAAGAAUUAAUCACAAUACCCACAAAAUCUCAAAGAAAAGUAUUAUCGACACCACCUUUCAAACCAAACCAAGUCAUAAUACAAGGCGAAAAGAAACAAUUCUUCACGUUUGAUCAUGUCUUCAAUGAUAAUUCAUCACAAAAAGAUGUCUACGAUCAUUCAGUUAGGAAAGAAUCGAAUGAAGGCAUAUCAUCAGAUAAUGGUGGUAACAAUAAUAAAGAUGAUCAUGAUGCAAAUAACGAACGUUCAAAAUUCGAGAAAAAUAAAAUUAAAGAAAUUAAAGUUGAUAAUGUUGGAGAAAUAAUGAGUUUAUUAUCGAAUGGAAGACUGAAUAGUAAAAUGAAUCAAAAAGAUAUACUUAUUCAUCCAUCAAGAUCACAUACUGUAUUCUCCAUCACAUUAACUCAACAAAAAUUAAUUCCUAAAUCUUCUUCCUCCUCAUUCUCAUCAUUAUCUGGAUCUACAAAUCAAGAAAAUAACAUACACGAUUCUGACGAUUUGUAUUAUGAUAAAAAUUUAUCUUUCAAAUUAAAAGAACAUCUUUGUGAAAAUUCAGAAAUUUUAGUAAUAGCCUGUGUGCCUCCCUCUGAAUACUACAUCAACGAAACGAUAAAGGUAUUGGAUUGUGUUAAUCAAGUCAGAAAUAUCAAAUAUAAAGCUGUAAUAAGUCAGGAGCCUGAAGAAGAGGGUGAUAACAUGAUUGAAAAUUUAGAAGUAGAGUUUCAACAUCUUCAUAAAAUUUAUACUGAAAUGUCUCAAGUUUUAUUAGGUGAUAUAAGCAACAAUGAAUCACUAUCAAAAUAUCUAGCUUUGCUCAAUGCUAAUGAUCAAAAAGAAUUCAUAGAAAAUCUUUGGCCUAGUUUUGAAAAAACAGUCAAACCAAUUAUACAAGAUUAUGAAAAAUCUAUUUGUUCUCUCGAACAACAAUUGAACAAUGCCCGUGAGACCUUAACCAACUCUGAAUCAACUAUACAAGUUCGAGAAUUAAAAUUACACGAGACUGAAAAAGCAAAUGAAAAAAAUAAAAUUUUAAUAAAUGAGAUUAAAUCAAAAUUGACAAAAUUAAUUGAACAUGAAGAAACCACGGAAUCAUACAUAAAAAAUCUUGAAAUUAGGCUCAACAUAGAAUCUUCUCAACAAAUUAAAGAUUUGAACGUGAUUGAGGAACUUCGGGUGAAACUUGAUGACUUUGAAAAUUCUGAAGAAAAUAACGAAAUUUUGAUCAAUCAAUUAGAAUCAAAAUUGGAAUCAACUCAAAACUCUGCUCGUGAAAUAUUGGAUAAAUCCUUAACUUUGGAAAAAUCUUUACAAGAAAAAGAUAAUGAAUUUAAUAUAUUACAAGAGAGGAUUGAAAAACAAAUGAAUAUUGAUACAGAAGAGAAGCAAUGGUUAUUGGAUGAGAUUACCGAACGUGAUCAAAGAAUUUUACUAUUGGAAAGAAAUGUUUAUGAUAUAGAUGAUGACAGUUAUAAUAACGAGUUUUUACCAUCAGUUACAACCUUGGAAUCGAAAUUAAAUGAGCUACAAAUAACUCAUGACAAAACUAUUGCCGAGCUUAAAGAAAUUAAACCUAGAUAUGAGCAAU